CAAAAAUAAAAUGGUUUUAUCUAUUAUAUGUUUAGAUUCUCAUAUUCAUUUUUUAAUUUAUAGCUGCCAUAUCAAUUAUUUUAUAUGAGCCGGCACUGUAGUUGUUUACGUGAAAAAAUUAACGUAAUUCAUUCGAAACUUAAAGGCGGGAACGUAAAAUAACUCAUUAUUAAUAUUGAAGCAAACAAAGAGCCUGGCAUAGAACGAUGAACUGAUUGAGCAAAAAAUCGUGCGAUAAACAAACAAAAAUUAAAUACGCAAAAAACGGUUGGGAAUCCGAGUAACUUUUUUGAUUAUAAAUCAACCAAUUAAUGGUACAAACGCGCCUGUCUAUAGUUGUGUAUUUUUUUUGAUACGUCAAAUUUAUAGUGUCAAGUCAUGUUAAAAUCAGUAUCAUUAAAAGUGUUUGAUUUCGUCAACAUGAACUCCCUUACAGGAAAGAUGAAAAAUAGAUACCAAGAUCCUGGAACAGCAAUUUUACAAUCUAUUGAUCCUAACAUAAAUAAUAAGCAGGAUGUCUCAGGGGAUAUAAAUUUAAUUUCUGAUCUACAGUCACUUAAUUUGACUUAUGAUAUCGAUGAUAAUGAUUCAAAAAGUAUUCUACUUCUUGAUGAUUGUGAAAAUUUGCAAAUAAAAUCUGAAGAAGAGUUCUUAAACAUUCUGAAUAUAAAACCAAAUGAAAAGGUUAAGGUUGUAUCAAUAUUUGGAAAUACAGGUGAAGGGAAAUCUUACACUAUGAACAAAAUAUUUUUUGAUGGUCAAGAAAUGUUUAAAACUUCAUCUUCACAAACUUCCUGUACUUUAGGAGUUUGGGCCAUGUAUAAUCCUGAACACAAGGUCAUCUGUUUAGAUACCGAAGGAUUUUUGGGUAUUUCAAAGAAGGAACAGCAACGCACUCGGCUAUUAUUAAAAGUAAUGGCAGUAUCGGAUAUAAUAAUAUACAGAACAAGAGCGGAGAGGCUUCAAAGAGACAUGUAUACAUUUCUGGGAAGUGCUUCAGAUGCAUACAAACAACAUUUUAGCGAAGCAUUAAAAAAAGCACUGACAAAAGCAGAUUCUAGUUUUUCAGGUGCUAUAGGACCUGGAGUAAUUAUUUUCCAUGAAACAAGGCAUACUCAAACUUUGGAGCAUAGUGUAGAUUUGACACAGUCUCCAGAAGAUAUAAUUCGACAAAAUUUUCAUGAUUUGAAUUUACCCUAUGACUCGUUUAGUUUUAUCAAAUAUAUUGGUAAUAGGACUAUAGAAGAAACAAAUUUCGAAAAUUUGAGAAUAGCUUUGCUAGAUAAAUUGGAAAGCACUGAAGUUAGAACGAAAAGGGAUGCUAAAUACAUUUAUUUAACGUUGAAAAGUUUAAAUGAGAAAUACAGAAAUGAAAUUUCUAAUAAUAAUUCGCCACUUUACUUGCCCGCUUUUUUCACUUGUACAGACAAAUGUCAAUCUUGUAAAAGUAAUUGUAAUUUAUCUAUGGGCCAUAAAGAUGAAGGAAAUCCACAUCACAGCGAACAAGAGUGUAAAUUUCAGCAUCAAUAUCAGAAUCAAGUGUAUUUGUGUAAGAACUGCUACAAAAACGGGGAAAAAACUAUUGUAAAAGCUGGUUACCAAACCACUACCAAUAGUAAUUAUAUGUCUUGGUUAAAUUACGUUUGGUCCGGUUAUGUAAUAGAAUGUCCUAAGUGCGGUGAAAUAUAUAGGAGUAGAGAGCAUUGGUAUGGUAACAAAAACCCAGAAGAUGUAGCAGUCAGAUCAGAAGUGGUGCAUAUAUGGCCAGGGGAAUCUUUCUCAGACUCCCAUAAUUCUGCACAGAAGGUGUUGGAUAGUGUAUCUUUGGUCACAGAUGUUAUAUCUAACGUAGGAUCUCAGCCAAAAAAAAUUGUGAGUAAUUGGGCUACCGAUAUUAUUGCCCCUAGUUAUUGGAGAUCCAACGAUGAGAUAGUGGAGUGUCAUAAGUGUAAAGCUCCCUUCCUCCCUCACGAUAAAAAACAUCAUUGUCGCGCUUGCGGUGAAGGUUUUUGCGAAGCAUGUUCUUCCAAAAAACAACCAGUUCCUUCGCAUGGUUGGCUCGAGGACGUACGAGUUUGUGACGACUGCUAUACCGAUCAACCUCCUAGUUUGUCUAAUGUCGUAGAUUCAACUGAAAACCGAGCUCGACAGAUCGGAGAAACCGUCGUAAAAAUUGUUUCAGCAGUGACAUCCGUCUUAGAUAUACCGAAAGAAUACAUCAAAGAAUCUGCUAGACCUUCGUAUUGGACACCAGAUAGUGAAUGUAUCCACUGUUGGGUUUGUAAGAAACCAUUCGGUCCUUUAAGGUCGUUGCAUCAUUGUAGAGACUGUGGGAAAGGAGUGUGUAACGAGUGUUCUCGUUCCAGAAAACCAGUUCCCAGGAGGAGAUGGGACAAUCCAGUAAGAGUUUGUAAUUAUUGUCGAUGAUUAGAACCAUCUAAGAAAGUUGAGCAUUUUUCAUUUUAGUUGUUUCUAGUGGAUAGGAAGGCGAAUUUUUGUUAUUUUUUUUAACGUGAUUUUAUACUUUGAAAAACUCUCUUAAUCUAGGACAAUAAAAUUGUAUAUUUAAAAAAAUAUUAUAAUUGAUGUAGUGACUUUGACUCUAAAUUAGUUCACGCCAAUUGAAAGUACCUGAAUUAUGUGAAGUUAAAGCGCACUUUUCUUCCAAACAGUCAAGAGUUUCUUUAUUUGAUAGCAAAAAUAAAUUAUAAAUGUUUAUAUCGUA